UACAUUAUUUUGUUUGUUAUUCAAAUAUAUCGCAUAUGAUACAAAAAUACUGUAAUAUAAAUCCUAAAAUAUUAAAAUCCAGAUAUUCUUCUUAAAUCGUCACAUUCCUUAAUAAAAUCCAGUAAUGGUACAAGAUAAUGGAGGUAAAAGGAUAAAACUACAAGAAGAGCUAGCAGUAUUAUCAACGUCGCUGAUUAAGUCCAAAAUUCGUAUAAAUAAACCCUCAAACGAAAUCCAACCUUCACACAAAAAGGAUUUGGAUGUUUCAUCGACAUUACUCUCAGAUCACCUUCUAAAGGUUCAACAGGAAGUUAAUACCUGGAUAAGUUUACAUAUAAAUGAUUGAAAUUUAUUGUAAAAAUGUAUGAUACAUCCGUAUCUAAAGGUCAAACCCCCAUGCCAAAUAUGGCCGGAGAUAUAACCAAGAAGUCCUAUGAUAAGGAAACUUUCGCGUCGUUGUUGGAGUGUUGCAGUCGUUUGUUUUUUUGCGAUGAGGAAAUAGUAAUAGUUGACCUUUUGUUGGCAACUGAAAGAGCAAUUUCAGAGAAGGAUCUGGAAGAUGAGAUAGGACUUCCAGAAAACCGCUUAAGGGAACAUUUAUCAAGACUUGAGCGCCAUGGAAUACUCACCAAAUUUUCAAAUACAUCAGUAGCUAAUAUUUUUCAGAAACCCCAAAGAGCAUAUAAAAAGGACUCGACACGAGAACCUUCAUCAACACAUACAUAUUGGAGAAUAAAUAAUCAUGUAAUAUUAGUAAUACACUACAAACUCACGAAGAUGGAGGAGUUUCUACAGCAGAAGUUAAAAGGACUCUAUGAGUCAGAUAAGUUUAUUUGUCCGAAGUGCGAAUCCACGUAUGACUCCCUGACAGUCCAAACACUGGAAAUGGAUGGAUUUGAUGCACAUUUCAUUUGUAAGUGCGGAACAAAAGUUGAAUUGGAUGAUAGAUCAGCAAAAGAAGAUAUCUACUCCUCUCAGCAAAAAAGGUUUCAAGAACAGGUUAAGAGUCUUAAAAAGUGUCUAUAUGAAGCAUGGGGGAUGGAGGUUCCAGAGUUUCCUGUAUUUGUAAAGAAACUCGAGAAAACACUAGGUGAAUCGAAAACUAACAAUCUUGAGUCAUCAAGUGUGGCUGGAGAUAGCAGUAGCGUUGUGGGAGGCGGAAGCAGCAGCGUAGUGAGUGACGGAAGUGGAAGCUUAGUUAAGAAAGUACCAUCCUCAAUUGUAUCAGUAGAUCGAGGCAAGCUUGACUCGUCAUCUUUUGGAGGAAGAACUGAUAAUAAAAAAAUUAAGUUCCACAUGAAACUAGGAAGGAAGGACUCCACACAAUCAGCCACAUCACCCAAGCAUCAUCAUACUAAACAAAAGGAAAAACCAAAGGAGGACGCUGUUUAUUCACCUACAUUAACUGAAAAAUCAUCAGAUGUGAUGCCGGACUUCUACAUUUCGAGCCUAAAUAAAACAGUGAGCCUUACAGAUGCUCAACAGUACCAACAACACAUGACAAAUGCAGAAUUCGAGAAUUUUGUGGAGUUACAGGACAAAUAUUUAAAUAUAAUUUAAUAAACUUUUUGUUUAAUUUUAUUUGUAAAUAUAU